AUGGUGCUGAAAUUGCAACCCCCUAUCGAUACAAGUGCCACCAGUAGCUUAAGAGGCAGUAGAAUUAACUUCAUCAGAAAAGGAUACGCUCAACUACCACAAAACGUUCUAAUACAAAUCUUUCGACAUUUUAACGAAGAGGAACUGCGAAAAACUAUCAUCCCUGUAUGCCAACAAUGGAGAGCGGCCGCUGAAAAUCCAGUUUUAUGGAAAACGUUGAAAUUUUCAGGAUUAAAAAUAAACACAUCCGUGAUUAAUAACAAAAUAUGGCAGUUCAGUUCAGCAGAAAGGAUUACAAUGAAUAAUAUCAAAGAAGUAAUGCCUGUAUUGAGGCAGAUAUGUAGAUGCUGUAAAAAUUUGGUUCACAUCACUAUAAGACACUGUCAUGAGAUUUCAGAAGAUUCAUUGAGAUACCUGCUGGUUUCUUGUAGAAAUUUGAAGAUUUUGGAUAUGAAAGGUACACCAUUUCAAUCGUUAAUAUUUUGCGAAGAGCUUGCAUACUCCAAAUCACUGUGUUCUGUAAAUUUUAGCGAUAAUAAAUAUAUAACUCUAAAGCACAUAUCUUCGAUAGUUGUGAACUGCCAUAAUCUCAAUGGUUUCCAUAUGUCGAUAUUCCAACCAAUCAACAAGAUAUAUUUAACAGAUCCUGAAAUUAACUGUCUCUUCAGUCAAACCAAUUAUCGAUUGCAAAGUCUAACGCUGGAUUGUUCUUCUCUAGGAAGUGCAACCUUCAGUGCUAUCUUAAGAUGUAAAGAUUUGGAAUAUCUUUGUUUGAAUUUCGCUUAUAACCUAGAAGGAAAUAUUUUCCAAAUGUUGGGGAAGUCCCUGGAGAAGCUGAAGGUGUUAAAAGUAAGAUUCGGUCAUCAAAUUAAGGAUAAUCAAUUCAUGAAUUUUUUUGAUGAUUCAUCAAAAUUAGAAGUUAUAGAUUUUACCGGUUGCAAUAAAUUAAGUACUUUUGGAAUGAAAUCCUUAGCUCAGUAUUGUUCAAAUUUGAAAACUUUGAUAAUAAGGAAUUGCAAAAACGUGUUUACAUUAGAAUCUGUAUUUUCACGUUGUUCUAACCUUGAAAUUUUAAACAUAGCCUUUUGUAAUAAAUUGCAUUUUAAGGAGAAAUGUAAGAUGCCUAAUUUGAAAGAAUUGUUUAUAAGUGAUGACAAACGUUUGAAAAUGUUGGCUGAUAAAUUGAAAGCAACUAAUCGCGAUUUGUUAUUAAAAAUGUGUGAAUCUGAAUUCAAUAAAAAGAGUAAAAGUGCUUUUGCUCCGAAUGGAACAUGCUAUUUUUUCCGCAAACGGCAUCCAGACUAUAGAACUAAUUAA